GCGCGUUUACGACGAGCGGCCAUCUUGCACGACAUUCGCGAGUCCACACUGGCGAGCGGAACCACAAGUGUCCGUUCCCAGGCUGUGAGACGAGGUGUUCGAGGCAGGACAACCUCCAACAGCAGUGAGUUCCAAUUAGCUAAUCCAUCUCCCACCACCACACCGCCACUGACGGGCCUCAUCCAAAGUUAUCGUAUCCACCUGUCCCCAGGGUCACGACGCAACUCGGCGCGCUCAGUCAUCUCACGCGUCAUGAACAGCCCCACCAAACGCGGUUUGUCGCCGCCCCCCGCCCUCGAGCCCGCGAGGCUCUACAGCCACCAAUCGCAGUCCCCGCCCGACUCCCCACCGCCCCUGACGCAAGCGACGCUCCCCGCGACGGCGCUGCGCUCCCCCGAGCCCGCCUCCCCCGACUCGCCCUACUCCCACCUUUCCAUGCCGCCCACGCCGACGUCGACCACGUACUCAUAUCGCACCAGUACGUCCACCUACCAGGAGCAGCCUGGCUCUGGGUACACCUACGUCCACACGACGCCCUCCCCGCCGACGCAGUACUACGAGGUCGCCUCCUCGGCGUCCUCGCGGCAUUCCAUAUCCCAUAUCUCGCCUCCCUCGCCCGAGAGCAACAGCUCGGGCCCGCCGACGCCCGCGUCGUAUCCUGCGGUGUACGACCAGGCGGAGUACCGGUACGAGAGUCCGCCCCCGGUGUUGGCGCCCAUACAGGGCGGGCGGCGCGAUUCGCUGGGUGUGGCGGAGAGGCACUAUAUCCACCAGCCACAGCCGUAUUAUCAGCAGGAGGUGAGCCUUGGGCAUGGAGCGUGGAAGGGUGGCUUGAAAGGUGGUUUGGUCCAGCAGACCUAGCUUAGAACCCGCUGGCCAGAGUAACUUAUUAUUCCCCCUACCCCUCCCACCAGCUCCCACUUUGCGUUGAUCACUCGCAGUUAUUAAAUGUAUCAACACCGUCGACAUGCUGAGCUUUCUACUAUCUCGUCCUCUAUCUACUACUUACGG